AACCCGCGAGCGCAGGCUCUGCUGCGCGCCUUCGGGAAAGAAUCGGUGUUUUGCCCUCUGGCUACGACCUGUGGCGGAGGAAAUGCGGUAGGCGAAAUGCCCCAGACUGAGGGAGAGAAGGGACGGCGUCUCCGGAUAAAGAUCAUCAGCAUGGGAGCUGCAGAGUCUGGCAAAAGCUGUCUUAUAAAACGGUACUGCGAAAAGAGAUUCGUUUCCAAGUACAUGUCAACACUCGGAAUCGACUUCGGCGUGACAAAAUUCAAGAACGAAGAUAUCGAUGUGAGUGUCAACAUAUUUGAUCUGGCAGGCCAACCCUUCUUUUUUGAGGUGAGAAACGAGUUCUACAAAGACACUCAGGGAGCCCUGUUGGUCUACGAUGCCAGCCAGCGCUCCAGUUUCGACGGUCUCGGAGACUGGCUGGUUGAGAUGCGGUCCCACCUCCCCAACCCUACUGCCAUGGACAACAUUAUCUUUGCCGUUUGCGCAAACAAAACAGACGUGAGUCAUCGAGAAGUGACAGAGAGCGAGGGGAAGAUAUGGGCAGAGACCAAAGGCUUCCUCUACUUCGAGACUUCAGCACUCACCGGGAAGAACGUGGUGGAAAUGUUCCACGCACUGUUUGCUGCUGUGGUUGCCACAGUGCUGAAUGGCCAGAAACCAGCCAGGAUAAACUUUGACCUCAAGUACACUCCCGAGCAGGUUGCCUUGGUGACGAGGAUCCGGUGUUGUGAAGGGAGUCACGAAAUUCUUAGUCUGCCCAAAGACUGCAGUAGGGAAGAGUGAACAAGGGUCCUACAGACAACUGGCCAUCGUGCUGCAUCUGACCAGACCCCAGGCAGGCAGCGAGGAGGCCUUCAUAGACCUGGCCAGAGCCAGAGAGGACCAUCCUGAGGAACAUACACUGACUCCUGUACAAUGUAGCCUUAAAAUUAUCCAUUUUGCAAUAACUGUGAACUAUUCCAUGUGUGUGUAUAUUCUGUUAGAAACUUUGAGCUAGGCCCAAACAAUGUCCAGGGUGAUUUUUGUUCGUUCAGAAGAACAAUUCAGUACUCCAUGGUAUUUAGGGUAGUGAAUGUAAGAGUGUUGAUUUGUUUUAGAUAAAUAGACUAGACUGUGUCACUAAGCACACAGUGUGUAAUUGAUCAGGGGACUUGCCAAUUGUGGGGGCCCAAACCAAGGUUCCCUCCUCCUAUGUUCAUUCUUG